AUGGGCGUGCUGUGGAUCGAGGGAGAUCAGCGUGGAGCUGAUGGACGUUCUACGCACGUCAGCCAAACACUUCACCUAGAGUCCCUUGUUGCAGGGGAGGACGUGGACUCAAGUUCUAUUUCAGUGGAUGAGACAAUGUCUGGAAGCAUUAAUGCAGAUGCAGAAAGUGAGACACAGAUACUUGGAUUGAGAAAAAGAGGAGGAGAAAGAAGAGUAUACACAGAAGGAGAACUUCGAGAUGAUCUUCGCUUUUACUUCAUGAACCCAUUGGAGAAAUGGAGGGCCAGGAAGAAGUUCCCCUUCAAGCUCAUUAUUCAGCUCAUCAAAAUCGUCUUGGUUACUUUACAGUUGGUCCUGUUCUCCCGCUAUCGCUACUCUCAUGUGAACUAUGUGGAGGACAUGCAAACGACGUUGAGGAGCAUAUUUUUACGUGACUGGGGGCCAGAACGAGAGAGUGUUGUCUAUCCUCCAGGCCAAGGACCUCUUUCUAUCUACACAAAGACUGAUUUUUUCUCUUAUCUUGAACAUGCAGUCAAUGCUAUUGAAGAGUAUGGCUUCAGCAUGAACAAAACAUUUCUUCUCACCACUGGAUAUCGUGCACCUCAUGCCUUCACCAUCAGACUUAAUUGCUUGAAGAUUAUUCCAUCAGAUGAUAUUAACCCUGAACCCAAUGCAUCAUGGCCGAAAGAGAAAGUGCCUUCUGGCAAUUUCCGUGCAGUGCCAUUUCUUGAAGACAAUGACAUGAGCAUCAGUUUUGAUGCACUGGUGAAAGUUGAACUGAUAUUUUACCUGAAGACAGUCAACUUCCGUGCUGAUACCCCUCUCCAAGUUCCAGAAUGCUACAAGUUGAAAGGCUUGGUGCUGUUUGAUAAUGCCGACCAUGAUGGUCAAAUGAUAAUAUCCCUCUACCUAACGCCUGAAAAAUUGGUCUGCCGAGGUGAAACUUCUUAUGUUGAUCAUGGAAUUGAAGCAGAAGUGGGAAGGGCCGUUCUGAACAUUGUCAUUAUGCUUUUCUGCCUGUGUUCCUUCAUUCUCUGUAUACGUGCCAUUGUAAGAGCACAGAAGCUGAAAUGUGAAACAAUGCUUUUUUUUGAGAAUGAAAUGGAUGAGAAGUUGGAGUGGAGUGACCAGUUGGAGUUCCUCAAUCUUUGGUACAUCAUGAUCAUUGUCAAUGACUUCCUCAUCAUCAUUGGUUCCCUUUUCAAACAACUGAUUGAAACAAGGGCAAGUAGGAUUGAGGGAGACUUGUGGAAUGUGUGUGCUGUGAUGUUGGGGACAGGAAAUCUCCUGGUUUGGAUUGGGGUACUCCGAUAUCUUGGUCUCUUCCAAAAAUACAAUAUUUUGAUCCUGACCUUGAAGAGGGCUCUUCCAAAUGUCAUGCGUUUCCUCCUUUGUGUCCUCCUCAUAUAUUUUGGCUUUGUCCUUUGUGGCUGGCUGGUCCUGGGGCCAUAUCAUAUCAAGUUUGCAACUAUAUACAAGACAGCUGAGUGCCUGUUUGCCCUCAUGAAUGGAGAUGACAUGUUUGCAUCCUUCUGGGUUUUGAGGGAAGAAUCACCAUUGGUUUUCUGGUAUCUCCGAAUCUAUCUCUACUCCUUCAUCACCCUCUUCAUCUAUUGCAUCCUCAGUCUCUUUAUAGGCAUCAUCCUUGAUGCCUAUGAAACAGUAAAAAUGUUUUAUGAAGAAGGCUUCCCCCAGUCAAAGCUGGAAAAGUUCAUUUAUGCAUCUGAAGAGGAUGGUCACAUUGGAAUGGCUGCUGAAACAUCUUGGGGACACUGCUGUCAUAGGUGUCCGUUCCAGUCUCCAAAUCGGCAACCGGCACUCAUUUACUCCUUUGAACUGAAUAGCGCCAUCGUUAACAAUGCUACAGAGAUCCAGAAAAAAAUUGUUGGCAAAAAAGUGUCACAUGAUGGCAGACCUACUGAGUCAGAUCAAGAAGAUCUGCCAUAUGUAGUCAUCAUACCUGGAAAUCCUGGUUGUAUCACAUAUUACUGGGCAUUUUGUGAAGAGCUGGAGAAGCAGCUAGAGGGAAAAGUGCACAUUGUUGCAGUUGAUCAUGCAGGACAUGAUAUCCCUGCCACCUGGUAUGAUGCCUUUAAAGGUGCCUGGAAUCCAUAUGGCCUGGAAGACCAGAUCCUCCAUAAGCAAGUGUUUCUCAAGGAGUUCUUACCCAAAAAUGCUAGCAUAAUCUUCGUUGGCCAUUCCAUUGGCUCAUAUGUGAUUUUGGAGCUCAUGAAACGUAUGGGAGUUGCUCUCCAUGUCCAAAAAGCAUAUCUCUUGUUCUCCACAGUUGAACGAAUGCAUGACACACCAAAUGGGAAAAAGCUGGGUGUAACUUUCCAUUAUUUCCGUUGGCUCCUGGUCUUUCUUGCCUUUCUCUUCACAUUGUUGCCUUCAUCAUUCCAAUCAUUCUGUAUUAGGAAAUAUUUUUCCAAGAAAAAGAUUAGUCCAUGGAGUUUGACUGCAACGGAACGCAUUGCCCGACCAUCUGCAGUGAGCAACAUCGUUUUCAUGGCUGACACUGAACUUCAAUGUGUCCGUGAACUGGAUCGUGACACGGUUAUGAAACACAAGACUCGUCUCCUCUUCUACUAUGGAGCACGGGAUCCAUGGUGCCCGAAGCGGUUCUAUUAUGACAUGAAGAUGAGCAUCCCUGGUGUUCAAGCACAGCUGUGCAAUAAGGGCUUCCCUCAUGCCUUCGUUUUGAAGCAUAGUGAACGAGUUGCAGAGAUGUGUGCUUCCUGGAUCAAGGACUUCCUGAUGCCUAGGCAAGACAAGUUGACUCAGGCAGAAUCCAUGGCUGAAACUGUGAAAAAAAUUGAAGAGUCACUGUAGCAAGUCUUCUCUCAAUGUAUUGAAAAGGGCCUCUGAACCAGAACCUGUCUACAUAUACUUCAUUAUAGAUUGAAGUAACUUGGAUGCCUCUUCACACGAAUGGUCCAUUCUAAAUACGCACAAUGCAAGUAGAAUGGGGUAGUAGCAUACUGGCCUAUCUUUUCAGGAAUAUAUCAAUGCUGAAAACUGCCACAUAGCUGGCACACACUACUCAUACAUUAUCCGUGGCAGUUAAAUGCAUCAGGCAUGAGACUGCUUACUGCCAGAUGAUGCUCAAAAUGAUGGAGUUGGCAACUAUUACUUUCUAUUUAUUGGCAAAAAUUCCUUAAUGAAUGGAUUUUUUUUUAGUGGGUCGAUCACAUUUACAAAACUGCUUUGUUUAUUCUUUAUUUCCCCUCCCCCUUCCCUUCCCUUCCCUUCCCUUUCAUUGGGAAGCCUUUUUCGCUUCAUGAAAUUACAAUGGAAUUUGUCAUUUCACAUUCUUGGUGAUAGUUAUUUUUUAUCAAUUUUGAAUUCCUUUUGGAUUUGAAGGUAGUCUUAUCACAUUAACAUUUGCACCAUUGAGAUAUUGCCAUUUUGUGGCUAUUUUCACCCAUUUAUCAGGUAGGGUCCUGUAGAAAUUCUUAUUGAAAGCCUCUUUUCCCACAUUAUUGCUUUCAAUUACACUAUCGGUUUUUUUGGGAGUUUUAUUGGGAAUUUUUGUGGCGUUGGAUAGUUUAUUAAAAUCAAUAUGCAUGGUGUUAUUUCAGGAAGUCUUUCACCUAGAAGAUUAGUUCAAGACAUCUGGAUGCAGUAUUUCUCAAUUGUCUUGAAGUUACUUGUGUCAUUAUCAUAAUGUUAGGACUUUAAUAUUUUUCCUUUGUAAGUCAUAUCACUCUCAGUAACAUGGGCUAUACAGCCAGCAAGUUUGCAUCACCAGUUGAUGAAGGGCAGUUCAAAGCCAUCGUUCUUUCAUCCUUCCAUCAGGGUAAUUGCAUGAUAUGUUGGUAUUAGUAAUGAUGCAAUUGAUUUGAUGGGGACAGUUAGCAGAUCAGAAUUCCUAUUUGCCUAAUGGUGUAAUUUACUCCUGUAUAUUAUAUAGACACUGAAAUGCUGGGAAGUUGGACUGUCAGUUUCUCAUGUUCAAUCAGCAGUGAUGGUGUCACUUGAGGAGUGUUGCAUCUGGGGUGCCUGUCCUGGUUCCACAUGUUUUUCGUUUUUACUUUCAUUCAUAUUUUGUUCAUGCAGGGCUUUCAUAUUAUUUCCUCUGCUCUAUUUGUACCAUUAUUGCAU